AUGAAAGCCCUUUUCCUCAUCUCCCUCACUUUAGCUUCCACAUUGUUCUUCCCCACCUUCUCCUUUUCCCAUGAAGCAUCAGAGGCUUCCAGGAUAACCGGCAUGGAAACCUACAUUGUGUUUGUAGAGAAACCAGAAGGCCUACUAGAAUCCAAUCUACAUGAGUGGUACACCACAUUCCUCUCAGAAACUACUUCAAACAUAGUUCCAAGCAAACAACGGAUCGUCCAUUCCUACCGCAAUGUGAUCACAGGCUUUGCUGCUAAACUCACCCCGCAAGAGGCCAAAGCAAUGGAACAGAAGGAAGGCUUUAUUUCGGCUAGAGUCGAGCGACCUGUAUCCUUUCACACAACCUUCACUCCCAAGUUCCUUGGCCUGCAACAUAAUGGAGGGCCUUGGAAGUCCUCACAUUACGGCAAGGGAGUGAUCAUUGGCCUGAUUGACUCAGGGAUAAAGCACGAUCACCCUUCUUUCUUCGACAAAGGCAUGUCUCCCCCGCCAGCCAGGUGGAGAGGCAGGUGUGACUUCAACGGCAAGAAAACAUGUAAUAACAAGCUCCUUGGUGCUAGAAGCUUCUUAGGGGCCGGGGAUACCCCAGUGGAGAAGGCAGUACUCCAUGGGAGUCAUACUGCAGCAGAAGCUGCAGGGAGCCCUGUAGAAGCUGCCAAUGUGUUUGGACAAGCGAAUGGAACAGCCAUGGGGAUCGCGCCAAAAGCCCACUUGGCAAUGUACAAGGUCCGUGGGGCUGAUAGUAGCGUAUUGGCAGCAAUUGAUGCAGCUAUUGAGGAUGGCGUUGAUGUGCUUUCAAUCUCAAUGGGUUACUUCAAUGGCAGGUUUCCUUUCUUUGAUGAUCUGUUUGUAUUGGGAGCAUUUAGAGCCAUCCAGAAGGGUAUCUUUGUGAGCUGCUCUGCUGGAAAUGGUGGACCUUCCCCGAACUCAGUAACCAACGCGGCACCUUGGAUUCUAACCGUCGGAGCAAGUACAAUCGAUAGGGAGAUCAGGGCAACGGUGACGUUGGGGAACAAUGUGGAGCUCCAUGGCCAGUCCCUCUUCCAGCCUACUGACUUCCACUCAAAGCAGCUGCCCCUUGUGGACCUUUCUACCUAUAGUGCAUCAGCAGCAUAUUGUGGUAAAGGGUCACUGAAGAAUAUUGAUAUUAAGGGCAAGAUAGUCAUGUGCCAGACCAAAUUGAGAGCUCUGAGAACCGAUCAGGGGAAAGAAGUGAAGGACAAUGGAGGAGCAGGCGUGAUCUUUAUCAAUGGCGUGAAAGAUGGAGACACUACUAUUCCUGAUGCUCAUUUCCUCCCUGCAUCAUACCUCGGUUACAAUGAUGGAUUGGUAGUCAAGGGUUACUUGAACUCCACGCAGUCCCCAACUGCAGCAAUCUCAUUCCAAGGUACCUUGAUUGGCAAGUCGAAAAUCGCUCCACAAGUCGCCUCGUUCUCCUCUAGAGGUCCUAGCCUGCAAUCUCCGGGGAUCCUGAAGCCCGACAUCAUUGGCCCCGGGGUCAACAUUUUGGCUGCUUGGGGAGUCUCAAUCGACAAUGCUACAACCCCAUUCAGCGUGGAAUCGGGAACUUCAAUGUCUUGCCCACAUCUCAGUGGAGUUGCAGCUCUGAUCAAGAGUGCUCAUCCCCGUUGGUCCCCUGCUGCCAUAAGGUCGGCCAUUUUGACCACUGCCUACACAUUUGAUCUCAGUGGCCACCCGAUCUCGAACGAGCAGAAUGUUUCUGCUACAGUUUUCGACAUGGGUUCAGGCCACGUGAACCCAUCGAAGGCAUUGAACCCCGGGCUGGUCUAUGAUAUCGAGCCAGAUGACUACAUCCCUUACCUCUGUGGGUUGGGUUAUAGCGACAAGCAAGUGAGAAUGAUCGUGCAGCGAAAGGUGAACUGCUCGAGUCCUGGAUCUUCGAUACCGGAGGCUCAGCUGAACUACCCAACAUUCUCGAUCUCGCUGGCUCGGGGUGAAAAUCAGACAUACACUAGAACGGUGACUAACGUUGGCCAGCCUAACUCGACGUACUACGGCAAGGUUCGGUCACUGGAAGGGGCUGGUGUUGCAGUCACAAUCGUGCCUAGUGAGAUCAAGUUCAAGGAGGUGAACGAGAAAGCCAGCUACUCUGUAACGUUUACCAGGUUGGAUAAUGUGGCUAGAAGCAGUGAUGUUGGUCAAGGUUCCUUGGUCUGGUCAUCUCUUGCUGCUGUUGCUGAUGGUGAUGAUCGGUAUGAGGUUGCGAGUACUAUUGCCGUUAACUUUGUUUGA